GCUGGAAGUUUUUGUUCGUGGUCCGCUACCUUUGGUACUCCGAAGUCGGUGUCAAUAAUGUUUUCAACUUAGGGCAGCUCUCCUUAACCCGGAUGACUGUCUUAAUUAGCUAUCCGUGAAACGCCGACAAACGUGCGAUCAUGUUCUGUUGAACAAUGAAAAUUCUGUAUGCAACAAGGGCUGACUUCUGAGCCCCCACUCAGUGCCGUACACCCUCUGUCACUUGUGACAAUCUAGCUGAUAAUACAGUCCGACCACCGGCUAUCUCUGAAAACUGGAAAUAGGGGAGAUGCAUCUUAAUCAAAGAUGACAGCAUCAACAAAGGGUGCGAUUUUGACUGUCACAAUUUCAGCUCUUGUGUCGUGCGCGAAAGUCUCAGCAAGUAAUUCUAACCUUACCGUGUCUCCUGAAGCGUACGCUAAUCCUCUGAUGUACAAUGUUGUAGGACCCAAUUACACAGUAUGGCGCACCUUGUCUACUGUUGGCUUUAACCCCACCAACACUGCACCCCCAUUCAUUCAGGUCUUUGACCCUUCGUUCCUCAAUGACACCGGAUCAUCCACCACCAUUCGCUCAAUCGCUUCGAAUCUUAGCUUUGCUUUUGCUCAUGAAGCACCCAUCUGCAUCCCGGACCUCAACGCAGGCUUCCUUACAAGUAACUAUAGCGGUGCACUCGGGUACAACGGCUGGUACAAGAACAGCAUCUCAGCAUGAUCAAUAUGACAGAAGUUGACAUGGCGCUGGCUUCUACAACGGGACAUGUUAAUAUACAAGUUCAAAUGGCUGAACCUUCCGCGGGGCACUGUCCAAAUGUUAAACGGGGGCACAGGUCUAUACAACGGGGAUAUUUUGUUCGUCACUUCGGG